GACAGUUCGUUUAAAAAAUUAAAAAAAUAUAAAAUACAAAAAAAAAAACUCGAAAUACAAAACGCGCGGGAGUGUGUGAGAAAUGUCUUGGUCUGGACAUCUCUGGGCAUGGAUCUGGGUGAUCCUAUGGGCCAUUGAUUUAAGCCAGGCCAUUGAUUUUGGCUAUCAUCCCAGUGCCGAGGAGUUCGAUACACUUUUAAGAACCAAUUACGGUCGGGAUUUGCUUCAGCGACGCAUCCAGGACACUCGAAGAUUUGUGCCAAGGUAUCAGCAUGAGACCUCGGUUCGUUUCGAUCAGCCGGAACUGGAUUUUCAACUAUUCAGUCAACAGGACGAUAAUGACAUACAAUUCGGACAGCCCUAUGUCUUUGAAUCGGUGGAGAAUGCGGUGGAGAACUCCGGAAUAUCCGAUCAACUUCACGUCCAGAGUGAAGUCUUGGAAAUCAAAGAACCCACAAAGAAACCCUCCCCAAAACCCCAUCCCCACAAUACUGAGUCAACUAGUUUUCCCAUUUAUUUUACACAUCCCAGUACCGGGAUAGUCUAUCAAAUAAGUCAGGUUGGUGGAUCGGGAUCAGGACCUCCGGCCAGUCAGCCCACAAGUCAGAGCCGGAAUGAUAGCAACUCGAUAGCCAUUUAUGUAACAAAAGCCCAGUACGAUGCCGAUUUGGAAUUAAUGAGGAAGAAAUAUGAGAAGCAAUGUCAGAUGGCAGCACCACCGGGCACAGUCAUCUCCACCUUGAAUCCCGUGAGGAACUCUGCUUCCAGUGGCACCACCGCCAGGCCACAAAUAAUCCGCUUGAAGAAACCCGCCAAAAGUCCACAAAACCCAAAACCCAACAACAAAUUACCACAAAAACCAAACCAUCGACCGCCACCGGUGAUGGUGACCAGUGGCCCCAUCGAUCAUGUCAGCGAUCAGCUGUUGAAGCUGCCCCACCGCGGCGCCACCACUGCCACCACCACCAGACCCACCAGCACCACCCACAGGCCAAAUAUUCGGCGCAAGAAACGCAAGAAGAAAAAGCAAAAUAAACCAAAAGUGAUCAGGAAACGGCCGGGAUUAAAUAAUACCAGGAAUCAGCCGGGUCCACUGCCAGUUAUUUUGGGUAAGAGACCCACCAUUGGGACCACCACAAGGCCACCCCAGCCGCCCCAGGUGGCAGGUCCUCAGCUUGAGAAGCCACACAUGCCCCAUGCCACACUGCCGACGGGGAAUGUUUUUAGUCAGCACCUGUACCGUCAGGAGGAGGGCGAUACUUUGGAAAUGGAGGGUCCUUUAGAUCAGCAAGAGUUGCCGCAGGAGUUCCCCCAGGAGUUCCAGCAGGAGUUCCAGCAGGAGUUCCAGCAGGAGUUCCCUCAGAACCAACAAGAAUUCCCCCAGGAGUUACGGAUUAACCACAGAAGACGUCGAUCUUUGGACUUUGAGAAGGAGCUUGAAAAGCCUGGAAAUCGAGGAAAAACCUGGUUAAAAAAAGCCAUAAGAAAAGUCAUAAAAAAAGAAGCCAAGAAAGUGCAAAGAAAAGUCAUCAAAGAACCAAAAGAAACAGAAGAAACUGAAACUACAGAAGAACCCAACAGAAGAAAACGUCGCUCAUUGGAAACUCAAAUAAAAAAGGAAACAAAAAUAGUAGCAACUCACGAAAGUGGAGUAGAUAUAGGAGUAGGAGGAGAAAAAGGAAUCAUAAAAGCAGUAGAAGAGACAGGACAAGCCCGAAGAGUUAGUACACCCCGUAGAGGUAGUCCUUCGAAAAGGAAUCCACAAGGUGGGAAAAGGAAAACGAAACAAAAGGCCACACCAUCCACACCCAGUAUCCCCAAAAAGGAUAAUGCCAGUCCCGUUAAUCAUCAUAUUCCGAUGGCGGUACAUCUCCUUCAUAAGAAUCACAGCCAGGAUGAGAAUCACAAGGAUAACCGGCCCAUCCUGAAACAAAAUAAAGAAACAAAAAAUGCAACAAAAAUUAAACAAAAAACGAAAGAAAGAAAGCGAGGAAGACCGGAUGUAGGAAGUGCUUUCGAUAUUUUCGAACUAAUGUCCGAUGGGGAGGACUACGAGGACGAUGAGGAUGAGGACCAGGAUGAUGAGGAUUACUACUUUGAUGGAGAUUCUGUGACUCGCAAGCCCGAUAGCAGCACGGAGAGCCACAAAGACAAAAACGAAGACAGCAGUUCGGCGGAGGAGGGUGCGGAUUUCGGUGCCAUGGUCGUGGAGGAGACGACCCUGCCAGCCACGACCAUGUCCAGCAGCGAGGAAGAGGAGGAGGCUGGCGAUGCUACCAAGAAUUCCAUGGCAAAAAAGAAAAUUCGCAUCAAGAGGCGACCCAUCGAUACCGAGGAGGAUUACGAUGAUGAUGAGGAUUCGGGCAUUGCUGGAUUCUUUCGCAUGAUUUUCUAUCCCGUUCAGGUGGCCAUGUCGCGGCUAAUGGAUGGUUUCUCCAGCGCCGACGACGAUGAUGACAAGGAGCCCUUCAAGGGUCCCACGAUUACCAGAUAUCCGACCUAUACCCUCUAUCAUAGCGCACACAGUAACGAGGCCUAUGCGGAGGAUGAGGAUGAUGGCGAGGAUGAGGAAUCUUCCUCGCUGGGCAGCUGGCUGGGAUCCUGGUUCGGCUUGCAGCAAAGGACCAAGAAGAGCGGUAGCACCACCACCACUACGUCCGCUCCAGAGCCUACGAAGGAGUCACCCGGAUGGCUAGAGUCCUGGUUCGGUUUUGGAAAGACGAGUACAACAGAGCCUGAGGCGGAGGAUGACUACGAUAAAUGGUUCGCCAGCUGGUUCGAGUCGAAGCCCAAGCGAAAGGUCAGACGCCGUUCCACCACCUCGACCUCGACCACCUCAACCACAACGACCUCCACCACGACACCGUCGUCGGUGGGUCAGGUGCCGAUCUUGACGAUAGUGGAUCCAUUGCGGAAUCCCCAGAACUGGAUCGGAAUCCUGGCCCAUCACAUUGUCAAUUCGACGAGCACCACCACCGGGAAUCCCUUGCUCCAGGCUUUGGCCACCAGGAUGAGCACGAGGGGCACCACCACCAGUACUACCUCCACAACCACUUCACGGCCGGAUAUUCCCCGAAGGAUAAGCUAUGACAAGUAUCAGAUCUGGAGACUGAAGCCCCAGGAUGAGGCUCAAGUCCGGGCACUGGAGGAGUUCAAGAAGGGCGAGGAUGGAGUCAAGAUGCACUGGCUCAAGGGACCAAGUCUGAGAGGUCUCACGGAUGUCCUGGUGGCCCCCAAAAUGCUGGUAGACUUCCAGGGAACCCUCAACUACGAGGGCAUUGCCCACGAGGUCCUCAUCUUUGACGUGGGCAAGGCCAUCGCCUACGAGCGCUCAAAGGAGGACUACCUCCACACCACUCGACCCUCCAAGCUGCGACCCACCAUCCCGUCGAGCUCUAGUCUCAUGUCCUGGAACCGCUACCACAACCACGACGAGAUCGUCAAGUACUUGGAAGUGGUGCGAAUGAAGCAUCCCCAGCUGGUUGAGCUCAUUCACAUUGGACGCUCCUACGAGGGACGUCCGCUGAUUGUUGUAAAGAUCGAAUCCAAGGAUCGGGGCAGUACGGAAGGACUAACCGAACAGAAACGACCCAAGCGGAAGCGGAAGUCGGGACGAGCCAAUGCUGUGUUUGUGGAGGCGGGAGCCCAGGGCUUGGCGUGGAUUGGACCGGCCACCUCUACGUGGAUGAUUGCCGAGAUCCUGAGGCUUAUGAAGAGUAAUAAAACCAACGAGGACAUGGACUUUGUUAGAAACACCACCUGGUAUAUAAUGCCGGUUCUGAAUCCCGAUGGCUAUGCCUUCAGCCACGAAUACGAUCGCUUCUGGAAGAAGUCCCGAUCCCAGCAUCAGGCACCGCCACCCACUGGCAUCCUCGACUCGGCCAUGACCUGGUUGCAGCAGAAGCAACGUGGCCCCGAGAAGGUCUGCUACGGUGUCGAUCUUGACCGGAAUUGGUUGUAUCAUUGGGGCAAGCGUGGCAGUUCCAAGGCUCCGUGCAAUGAGUUCUAUGCGGGACCAGCUCCAUUUUCAGAGCCGGAAACCAAGGCUGUCUCCGAUUUUCUAAUGGAUUAUAGAACGCAAAUUAAGCUCUAUAUAUCCCUACAAGCCUACGGCCAAGUGGUAUCCUAUCCCGUGAAAGCCAAUUCCACCUUCAAUGCCGAGCGUUUGGAUGAUUUCCUGGACGUGGCCAUGGUGGGAACGGAUGGUCUGCGAAAAAAAGGACACAAAUCUCGCUACAAAGUAGAUGCCUCCAAUGAUUUGAUAGAACAGCGUUCAGGCUGUUCGGAUGCCUUUGCCGCCUAUGAGAUCGGAAUACCCUUCAGCUAUACGAUACAGUUGGCGGACAAUGGAGUCCAUGGAUAUUUGCUGCCCAGCAGCGCUAUUGAGCCCACGGCCAGGGAUGCCUUUGAGAUCAUUAGUGGAAUGUUGGAUUAUAUUUAG